AAACUUAGCUCUGCUAAACACGAGCAGGACAGGAAGACACACACACACACACACACACACACACACACACACACAAACAUGCUCCCAAAAACACUGGACUGGAUUUAACUGAAAGCUUUUAAAAGUUUAAAGUGGGAAAAGUUUCAGAAAGCAAUUAGACUAGGAAUUAGACUCGUUUAGAUCGUUUACUCCGAGAACGCUGAGGACACGAGGACCUCGCUCUGCCUGAGGAGGACAUGUCACGGCUCAUCUGACAUAUUUUCAUGUAUGAAUCGAUUCUAAAGGCAAUUUUCCUACAAUGUCACCACAAAUCAGAUCACUUUGGGCUCUUUGUUUAAUUUUUAUGUUCGCGCGGUGGUGUGAUGGAAGCUGUGCCGAGGUGGACUCCAUGACGGAGGCGGUGGCUGGACAGGACUUCCUGUUAGGUUGCAUCUCCUGUAAAAAACGGGAGGAAGUCGGCGCCAGUGCUACAGUGGACUGGCACUUUAAACCCGCCGGAGAAGAUGAGUUCUUCCACAUCUUCCAUUACGAAUACCCGACCUCCACCAUCACGCACGGGGACUUCGAGUCUCGCCUUGAGUGGGGUGGAACUGAAAGAACGGCAGAUCUCCAGAUCGGAGCCAUUUACAUCCGGAACGUCACGUUUAACGACACCGGCACUUACAUGUGCACAUUUGAGCGCACGCUCUACCUCCAUGUUACUAACGAACACGUGACCAUCAGAAAAACAGUGGAGCUCACCGUCGUGGCAGAAGCGAAUCGUGAGUUGACGUCAGUGAUUUCGGAGAUCAUGAUGUACGUCGUCAUCGUUGUGCUGCAGCUGUGGUUGAUCGGUGUGCUGAUUUACUGCUACAAAAAAAUUUAUGCUGAAAACGAAGCUCGCGAGGCCCGAAAAGCUCUGCGUGCAAAAAACAAACUUAUUGACUCGAAGGACACUCGUGAUGGAGUGCACUUGGAGUAACUGUACUUUCUGAGCGACGAAUCCUGGAUGUUUUGCUACUCGCAAGAAGAAAUAUCUUUAAAGUCUUAAACAUAAAAAAUAAACCCACAUGUUUAUCUCGAGUUUGUUUAAGAGGAGUAAGUGAAGCAGGGUUAGCGCUUGUGAUUUAGCUAGUGUCACUGCUAACAGAAUUAUGGGUUACUUACUGAAAUGCUAGUUUGUUGGGUUAAUUGACUUACUCUGCUACUAGUUUGUAACUUAACAUAUUUACUUUACAGCUAGUGUGUAAACGAGUCUACUUACUGUAACGCUAGUUUGUGUGUUAGCAUAUUUUCCUAUUAUGCUAGUUUGUAAGUUUGUGUACUGCUAUGCUAGUUUGGUGGGUUAGUCUAUUUAACACUAGUUUGUAAGGUAGCAUAUUUGCUAGUAUGCAACUUUGUAUGUAACCCUGUAUAUUGUUAUGCUAGUUUUCUGGAAUAAUCUAUUUACUUUAACGUUAGUUGUAAUUUAGCAUAGUUUCCUGUUGUUCUAGUUUGUAAAUAAGCCUGUUUACACUUAUUGUAGUUUGUUGAGUUAGACUAUUUACUUUAACGCUAGUUUUCAAGUUAGUCUUCCUACUGAUAUGUCUGUUUGUAAGUUAGCAUAUUUACUGCUAGGUUAGUUUACAGUUAUAUCAGCAAGCUAGUCUAUUUACAGGUAUGCUAAUUUGUUAAGUAGUGUCAAUAUUUUAACGCUAGUUCAUUUUAAUGCUUGUUUAUAAUCGUAGGAAUGUUAGCAUGUAUGUUAUAUGUAGCAUGUAGCUCAGGAUCAGGUGUGUUUAUCUCAGAUAGUGAAAGAGAAAUGUAAGUGUUAACUUGUGUAUUAUUGUAUACACUGCACUGUGAAUAACGCACCUGAUUCAACACAAUAAAACACCGCAUUAUUCACCUCA